CAACGUUUAAGGCUGUCGCUGCAUUCAUACCACAUCUUAUCACCCAGCAGCCAGCUGGUCAUUAGAAGGCUUCCAUAGAGAGCCUAUGGCCUCACACUGCGCCUCCUCCGACCCUAGCUGGAGCGAAACCGUUUCGCUAGUACCCUUAUGCAUUCGCAACAGCAUCAAAGCUGACUUGCAAUGUGCGCCAGCAGAGCUGGUUUACGGCACAACGCUAAAGUUACCUGGAGAAUUUGUUUCGCUUCCCGCAUCGUCCGGUAUGCCUCCGCUUAACUUUGCGUUCUCCCUAGCUCAAUGCAUGCGUUCACUACGCCCUGCUGCGCCCGUGAACAGACUAGAAAUGUGCAAAUGCACAGCGGACUCUCUAGCUGCACUCACGUCUUCCUCCGCACCGAUGCAGUGCGACGCCCUCUCCAGCCUCUCUACACUGGUCCUUUCAGAUUCCUGCAACGGACUCCGAAACAUUUUACUUUAGACCAGAAUUUUCACCGAACAACGGUGUCCAUCGAGUGCUUUAAAGUGUCUUUCUUUGGCGAACCGCUUGCGACCC